AUGGUCACUACCAUCACUAAAGUACGUCGCAGCACACCUAAAGUUCGCACCGGAUGUGCAACUUGCAAAAUCCGCAGGGUGAAAUGCGAUGAGUUGCGACCGAAAUGUCAUCGAUGUGUUUCCACCGGACGAGCUUGUCCAGGGUACGAGCAGACACCCUCUCCUCCUUCCCAGAUAAAGUCCUACAACAUCCCUUUCAAAGUACCGGGCAGUCGAACAGAUCGUGAACUCCUCCAUUUCUACUGCUGCGAAGCUGCAAGUUCUCUUUCGCGAUUCUCGGAAACAACACUGUGGACGCGCGUCAUCCUACAGCGAAUCCAGAAUCAACCUGUAAUCCGCAACGCCGUUGUUGCGCUUAGCUGUCUACAUCGGGAUUAUAUGAUUCUUGGGUCUUCAAAACUCCAAGUUUCUGCUAAGCACAUUAAUAUUAUCGCCAAGUCUCAUUCCCAACUUCGAACAUAUCUCAUUCGCGAAGCGUCAACCGAGGUUGCUUUGAUAUGCAGUCUGAUCUUCUAUACAUUUGAGUGUUUGGUCGGAAAUAUCGAGCAGGCCUUAUGGCAUCUUGAUCAGGGCUUGACCCUUUUUCAACGCUGUUAUUCCGAUGAUACAAAUUUCUCAGAUGACACUGAAUCAACAUAUGGACAACUCAAAGCCACUUUUCCCCGGCUCGAUAUUCAUGCAAGCGUUUUCUCCCCAGGGAGACUGCCGAUUCUGAUACUCGCGCUGCCCGGUCAAAUUUCCGGCUCGGUACCUGUUAUUCCAACUCAAACCGCAGAAUUAUCUGAACUGGAAUACGCGCUUGUUGUGCUUCAAAACUGGACAUUGUGGCAUCUAGCCACAUUCCUCGAAUACAAGGAACUACCUGCUGACGAAAUACCGUCAGAUGUUCUCAUUGAAAGACUUCAUCUAGAAUCCCAGUUCCAAGAACUGGAAGACGUACUACAGCAACUAUCCACAAGCCCACCUGGUGUUGUUUUGUAUACGACCAUCCAGCAUCAACGACUCACUCUUCUACAAUGCGAGACUCUGAUAUUCCAUGCUGUUCUCCUAGAGAAUACCUUCAAAUCUCCCGAUGACCCAGACAUAUCCCUACAAUGCGCCUCAAAGUUCGACCAUUCUCUCGCCCAUAUAUCAACGCUAUUAUCCUCAUCAUCUAAUGAACACAAGAAAGCCCCUUCGAACUGGGAAUUCACACUCUCUACAAAUCUGGUUGCAAUGCUAUAUUUCAUCUGUUUGAAAACGACGAGUCGGCGCAUAUUGCGUACAGCUCUCUCGUUAAUGGAGGGCUCUUUGCUUGAAUCUCGCGAUGGUCUUUGGAAUGGAAGCAUGGCAGUAGGUGUUAUCAGGCGUAUGAUGCCUGAGAGUUAUAUGAAUGAUGAGAGUCAAGACAAAUUAGUGAGAUUGGAGGACCUGGGUGAUGGAAUUGUGGAUGCCAGUGGUGGCUUGGAUGAAGCAUUUCAGAUGUUGCAGAUUGACCAAAAAUAA